AUGGAGGCCGCCAGGCUCGGCGCGCAGAGCAGCCACUUGUACGGCAGCGGGCUGGGUGAGCUUGACCUGAACAGGCGUGAGAACAGGGUGUUUGGCUGGGACCUCAACGACUGGAACUGGGACAGUGAGCGCUUUGUUGCCACGCCGGUGCCAACUGCCGCGGCGAAUGGCUCAGGAUUGAACAGCUCGCCAUCAUCAUCCGAGGAAGCCGAGGCAGAGGUGGCUAGGAAUGGUGGCCAUAGAGGCGACACUGAUAAGAGGAAAAGGGUGGUGGUAAUUGAUGAUGAUGACAGGGAGGAUCAGGACAUGAUUGUGAACGGUGGCAGGUCGCUGAGCUUGAGAAUUGGGGGUAGUGCUGUUGGUGUUGGAGUGAUGGAGAGCAGUGAUGUAAACGAGGAUGAUAGAAAUGGAAAGAAGAUCAGGGUGCAAGGGGGCAGCUCAAAUGGGCCGGCAUGCCAGGUUGAGGGCUGUGGGGCUGAUCUGACUGCAGCUAAGGACUACCACCGCCGGCACAAGGUCUGCGAGAUGCAUGCUAAGGCCAGCACCGCUGUUGUCGGUAACACUGUCCAGAGGUUCUGCCAGCAAUGUAGUAGAUUUCACCUUCUCCAAGAAUUCGAUGAAGGGAAGCGAAGUUGCCGGCGACGUUUAGCAGGCCACAAUAGACGGAGGAGGAAAACCCGCCCUGAUAUCGCAAUUGGUGGGACUGCUUCAAUUGAGGACAAAGUCAGCAAUUAUCUAUUGUUGAGCCUUAUUGGAAUUUGUGCUAAUUUGAACUCUGACAGUGUUCAGGAUUCAAACAGCCAGGAGCUGCUAUCCACUCUUUUGAAGAACCUAGGGUCUGUUGCCAAAUCACUGGAGCCAAAAGAACUUUGUAAACUGCUGGAGGCAUAUCAAAGCCUGCAAAAUGGAUCAAAUGCUGGAACCUCUGGAACAGCUAAUGCUGCAGAAGAGGCUGCGGGGCCAUCUAACUCUAAGUUGCCUUUCGUGAAUGGUAGUCAUCGUGGACAGGCAUCAUCAUCUGUUGUGCCAGUACAAUCAAACGCUACCGUGGUGGUAACUCCAGAGCCUGCAUCAUGCAAGCUUAAGGAUUUUGAUCUGAAUGACACUUGCAACGAUAUGGAAGGCUUUGAGGAUGGGCAAGAAGGUUCACCUACACCUGCUUUUAAGGCCGCUGAUUCUCCUAAUUGUGCAUCAUGGAUGCAGCAAGAUUCUACUCAAAGUCCACCACAAACUAGUGGCAAUUCAGAUUCAACAUCAACACAAUCAUUGUCAAGCUCAAAUGGAGAUGCUCAGUGCCGGACUGAUAAGAUUGUAUUCAAGCUUUUCAACAAAGUUCCAAGUGAUUUACCUCCAGUUUUGCGGUCACAGAUUCUUGGUUGGUUGUCAAGUAGCCCUACCGAUAUAGAGAGCUAUAUUAGACCUGGCUGCAUUAUUCUAACAGUAUAUCUUCGGCUAGUUGAGUCUGCAUGGAGAGAGCUUUCUGAUAAUAUGAGCCUGCACCUGGAUAAGCUUUUGAAUAGCUCCAAUGGCGACUUUUGGGCAUCAGGCUUGGUGUUUGUGAUUGUUCGACGACAGUUAGCUUUUAUGCACAAUGGUCAAAUUAUGUUGGACAGACCACUGGCACCCAGUUCUCACCAAUACUGCAAGAUCUUACGUGUCAGACCAGUUGCUGCACCUUAUUCUGCAACAAUAAAUUUCAGAGUAGAAGGCUUUAACCUACUCAGUACUUCCUCAAGGGUAAUUUGUUCAUACGAAGGACGUUGUAUAUUCCAGGAAGACACAGAUACUGUAGCAGACGAUGCUGAAUACAAGGAUAGGGACAUCGAAUGCCUCAGUUUUUGUUGUUCCAUCCCUGGUACAAGGGGAAGAGGAUUUAUAGAGGUCGAAGAUAGUGGAUUUAGCAAUGGCUUCUUCCCCUUUAUAAUUGCUGAGAAGGAUGUAUGCUCUGAGGUUUCUGAGCUGGAGAGCAUAUUUGAGUCCUCCAGUAAUGAGCAUGCAGUUGUUGAUGAUAAUGCCAGGGACCAAUCCUUGGAGUUUCUAAAUGAGUUGGGUUGGCUUCUUCAUAGAGUGAACAGAAUGUCUAAACAGGAUGAAACUGAUACACCUCUAUCUGCUUUUAACAUGUGGAGAUUCAGGAAACUUGGUAUAUUUGCCAUGGAGCGGGAGUGGUGUGCUGUGGUCGAAAUGCUGUUAGAUUUCUUAUUUAUUGGCCUUGUUGAUGUGGGAUCCCGAUCUCCAGAAGAGAUGGUGCUUUCAGAAAAUUUGUUGCACGCUGCUGUCCGAACGAAGUCUGUUAAAAUGGUUAGGUUUCUGCUGAGAUACAAACCGAAUAAAAACUCAAAGGGAACUGCACAGACAUACCUAUUCAGACCUGAUGCUCUGGGCCCGUUAACAAUUACCCCCCUUCAUAUAGCAGCUGCCACUAGUGAUGCUGAGGAUGUGUUGGAUGCGCUGACAGAUGAUCCUGGACUGGUUGGAAUUAGUGCGUGGAGUAAUGCACGGGACGAAACAGGCUUUACCCCAGAAGACUAUGCUCGGCAGAGAGGCAAUGAUGCUUACCUGAAUCUUGUCCGCAAGAAGAUUGAUAAGCAUGUUGGCAAAGGCCAUGUUGUCCUCGGUGUUCCAAGCAGUAUGUGCUCUGUAAUACCUGAUGGUGCUAAGCCUGGUGAUGUUAGCCUCGAGAUCUGCACGCCAAUGUCUGCAUCAGUACCACGUUGCCUCCUCUGCACCCAACAAGCGCGGGUGUAUCCAAAUUCUGGGGCAAGGACCUUCCUUUACCGGCCAGCAAUGCUGACGGUGAUGGGAGUUGCCGUGGUUUGUGUCUGUGUGGGCAUACUUCUUCACACCUUUCCCAGGGUUUAUGCCGCACCCACAUUCAGAUGGGAGUUGCUGGAGCGUGGACCCAUGUAGAAGUUUUAGGAUGGAAUAAGCCUAGCUGCUGUUUGUAAGUUGAGAGCUUUAGUGUGGUGGCUAAGAUCAAAGGAACAUAAUUACCGUGUGAAGAAGUUCCUUUGUAUUUAAAGUAGUAUCCUGUCGCUGCUGUAAGCUUACACAUCGUCAAUAUCAACUAUAUUUACAACCUAACAUGCUUUGAUUCCAUUAAUCCAUUUUUUGUAUUGUAGAACU